AUGCCGGCCUCCGUCAAACGCACAACAAGAUGCAAUGGCUCACAGAUGGUGGGCACGCUGUCACGCGCGAGCCGUACGGACUUGAGACGAUUGCCCGCAGUGGAAGUUCAAUCGCUUCAAUCGAGUGGCAGCGUCGGUUUGCAGACUCCGUGUCGCGUGCUGGUACAGUACUGGACAAUGGACAUGAGCAGCAAGAUGCGCGAUCAGCGUGAAUAA